AUGGCCAGUGAUUUCCACCUGCGCUACAAGGUAGAGCAGGAGGGCAAGUUUGGACAUGAGUUUCUGGAGAGAAAGCUUAGGUAUGCCAACAACAGUAGUUACAGAAAUGGUGUCAUGACCAGAAAGGAGGCUUACGUGCACAAGAAUAUAAUGGAGGAACUGAAAAGAAUUAUUGAUGAUAGUGAAAUUACAGAAGAUGAUGCUUUGUGGCCUCCCUCUGACAGAGUUGGCCAACAGGAGCUUGAAACUGUAAUUGGAGAAGAACACAUUUCUUUUACUCCAUAUAAAACAGGUUCUCUUACUGAUGUAAACCAGUACAACAGUCCUGAAGGCCUUCAAGUAUUUUACUAUUUGGGGGUCCCUGGUUUCAGCACAGAAUAUGACCAGUGCUGUAGAGAUAAAUUAAUAGGUGUCUAUGAUUUCAUUAUUAAGGAGGAAUGA